AAUGAACGAUUAUUCCAGUCUUAUUGCAUUUCACUAAGCGUUAGGAGAUAUUUUACUUUAAAAAAUGGGCAGCAAAUUGUUUUUAUUAUUGUGUAUGCUGUUCGCAUUACAGUUCACAGCAUUUGCACUCCCAUUAGAAAAUGACAAGGAUUUAAAAGAAAUCGCCGACAAUAAGCCGCCAAAUGAAAAAAGCAUAAUACCGGAUACACCAGGUGUGCGGGAGUUCAAAAAGGGCUUAGUGGACCACUUAGUAGCAAGCCUUGGGAACGAAGAAGGAGACGAAUCUGGUGUCUACAGCGCUCAACUGUCUUCAGCGGAAGUUGAUUUGCCCUGCACAAAUGAUACUGUUAGAAUAGCAAUUAUUAGCAGCAGUUUUCCAUUGCCAGAGCGCUUUUUCCAUACUCCAAAGAGAUGCUCGGAAGAAGUGCAGUGAAUAAAGUAAUAAACUAAAUGAAUAAAUGAAUAAAUAAUGUUAAUGAAGCGACGAAUCAUAGUGAUACAAUAGAAAAUGUUUAAAAGUCUUUGAAAAAAAAAUUUUGAGUUUUGAAAUUUUGUUUCUUUUAUAUGAGAAGUCAACAUUUUAAGUUACGUCUUAAAUAUAUUUCCCUUGUUUAAAGAAAUUUGGAAAAAAAAUGU